AUGCCCCCUCAAGUCACAACCCCCCACCGCUCCCACCUCCUCUCCCGCUUCCUCACAAAGAUCUUCUACACCCUCCUCACCCUCUACCUAACGCUCUUCCUCUUCUACCGUCGUAUCUGGGGCUGGCACGCCUACUCCACUCACCUCAUCUCUACCACCUUCUCAGCUCAGAGUCAAGAUUUCGAGGGAAUGGGAAUGGGGUCCGAGGGAAUGAGUAAGAUGUGUAGAGGUAUAUUGAAAGAACAGAAUAUGUGGCAUCGCGCCAGUGAAGACAGGGAUUGGUGGAUGUGGAUGGGUUGUCUAGGGACGAGAGACGGGAGCUGGGUUAGGGAAAGGGUUGAGGAGGGGGGGUUUGGAGGGGUUUUGGAAGUUGGGAGGGGGAUUGAGGGGUUGAUUUACGCUAUAGGGGAAGGAUUUGGUGGUGUGGUGGAUGUUCUUGGAGGAGGUGUAAAUGCAAUUCUCUUGCCUUUCACAACAUUCUGGCGAGGUAUUGUGGGACAGUCAUGGAGGGUUAGUGAGGUUUUCGAUUGGCUUACUGGAACUUCGGGGCACAAGAAAUUGUAUGCGGAUGGACUUGAUGACUCUGUUUUUGGACGAGGUUUCGGGGAGCGUGUGUUUGACGGGGAGGUUGUAAGUGCACCGUCGUACUUUUGGAAAGCUGUUAUGGCUUUUGAGGAGGAGCUCAUUUCUGGUAUCGACUUCGUGUUUGUGGCGUGGAUUGGUGUUGGUUUGGGUUUGUGGUUUUGUGUUACACAUCCCGAGUGGGUUGAGAUGAAGAGGGGGGUUGUGAGAGCGUGGGUUGGUAAGGUGAGGGAUUCGUUGGUGGAAUGGAAGAGGAAGAUUAGUGAGGUGUUGAACCCGUCUGUGGAUAAGUUGAGCAGUGCUGUCAACCAGUUGAUAUCCCUCGUAACCUCGACCUCCCAACGCCUCUUCACCCUCAUCAAACCCUACCUCACCCCCAUCUGGACAACCCUCUCACCCAUCCUCGCCUACCUCACACCCAUCAUAACCCUCUUCCUCAUGCUCGACUCACCAAUUCUCCCCGACAAACUGCUCAUCCUAUUAUUCGGCUCGCUCCUCCACAACAUUCUCAUCCGUCUCUCCCCAACAAAUCACCCAAAAUCACAAACUCAAACCCUCAAACACAUAUCCCCAAGCCUCUUCAUCUCCGGGACGCUUGUGGCGUUAAAGCUCGAUCCGUCUAUCUUUUCAAUCCUAACGAGCCGAUUUAUGAGCGUCGACUCCGCUUUGACUGUUCAAAGAUUGUUACGUGGGCUAUCAAUACUUGAACUCGCGUUAUGUCCCGUGGGAAUCGCACUUAGCAAUCUGGCUAUGAGCUGGGCUAUUGAUCGACGGGAUGAGGGAGUUCGAAGAGUCAAAAUUGUUGAUUCAAAGCUCCGGGAGUGGGGUUCUAAGGUCCGGACUUGGAUCGAGGGUGUAUUCGAGAGAAUUGCCAAUUUUGCUGAUAGGAUUUGGACGUGGGUUCUAGAGGGAAGUGGUGGGAGAGGGUGGUUUGAUGAAGAGAGAGGUUUUUAUAACGGGCUUGCUGAGGGGAUUAAGGGGGUGGUGAGGGAGGUUGAGAGGAUGGGAGAUGUUGUGGUCAUGAAUUUGGAAUCAGCUCAGGCGUUGGUGAAGUCAUUCUUGAUGGCUUUUUGGGAUGCUGUUUGGGCGUUUGUUACGUAUGGAAAAGCUUCUGAGGACGAGAUUACUGGCCAAACAGGGGAAACCGGAAAUGAAGGAACGUCGAAAAUUCCUGAGCGGCCGAAGACUGCGAGGGGAGAGACGACGGAUAGUCAACCAGACUCGUCUACGGAUGUGCCUCCUGUCGGCGAAGAAGAUCAACUAACCAAUUUUUGGGUCGCAAAAGUAAUUGCAAGCAUCUGGGAAGAUGUCGUCCCAAUUCUCUAUAGCGACUGGGGGUGGAUAGUCCAACUAGCAAACAGUCUAGUUGUUACCGUCAGCUCAUGGCUCACCAGCUCCAACACCAAGGACACCGCCGAGAACAUCACCAUAGACACCAAGUUAAAUACCACCACUCCAGAACCACUUCAAUCACCAUUCCCACCGAUUAAAGAAGAACCGGCAGCCCAAGAAAGUCCAUACAGCGACGUAUUCGACCCUGAGACUGAAAACAACAAACUCUCAAAACGAGCACCUCCCCAAGCUUGGGUCUCAGAAAUCUCCACAGACCCAAAGCCAUCAGGGACAAUCAGUCCAGACGAUGAUCUUGACGUCGAAGACGUCCUCCAGCCAGAUUUCCUCGAGACCCUAGGAAUCCCCAAGAGCCACCCUCAUCAUGAGCUGAUUAUGAGUGGUUUUGAAGGACAUCUCACACAAGUGAAGAAGGUAUUCGAGACCACGCUCGCUCGGCAAGUGGCAGCCUUUAACAUUGAACGCAUGGGGUGGCAGGAGGAACGAGAGAUGUUGUUGAGAGAUACUCAGGGUUGUUACAACCAGCUAAAUGACAAAGAGAAACUGCUUGUGGAGCUGCUUGAGAUGGGGGAUGAGGAUAAGAGAUGGAGGAGUGAGGUUCAGCAUGCUGCUAUGAGUGUGAUUCAGAAGCAGAGGGGUGGAUAUCCUAAAAAGCGCAACAGGGGUGAGAAGAUGAGUUGUCAGGAUAUCAUAAACCUGCUCCACGCCUCGUCCAAAUCUCAACACCGCCUAAAAAGUCUGGAAGACCAGACUCGUGAAGCUAUUAAAAGGGUGUUGCAUUAUAUGCCGGAACUGGAGAUGGAGGAUUUGGUUGAGCGAUAUAUAUUCGAGUCCGUGGAGUUAAUCCGAGCGCUUGAAGCUGUGGCUGGUAAGCGGGUUAAUGCGCCGAAGGGGAGGGAGGUGGUGAUUGAGUUACGGAACGAAGUUGAGAAUGUAGGGAGGGAGCGGGAUGGGGCAAUGGAGGAAGUUAGACGGCUGAGAGGUUUGGUAGAGAGGAAGGGACGAGAGGGGGGUUGCGUGAGGAAAGGGAAAGGAGGUGGAAAGGCGACUGGCAGUGUCAGGUUGUCGAAGUAUCGGAGACGGAAGAAAACUGCCAGAUGCUUCAACAAGACGACUUCUCUACCGUCUGAUUUCGACGCGCCACCGAGUAGGGACCUGGGACUAGAAAACACUCCUACCAUCACUUCCCCAAAACCAACUCAAAACCCACCAUCAUCAACAGUAACAUACCCAACACUUCACCCAGAAAAUCCCUCGACCACAGUACAACCAGCCACUCAAGCUACUCGGACACCUUUCCUAAAGCCACCAAAGAAUGGGUAUACCUCGUCAAUACCCCAGAUUCGGACAGGAAAUGGUACGAGGUCCGUUGGUUCUGCUGAGUCUGAUGAGGAGAUGUAA